GGCUGUUCUUUGAAAUAAAAAUGUAUGUAUUGUAAUUCGAUCCACAGCUGUACACGUUCAAGCAUUUAUAUAUUUUACAGUAUCCUAUAAUUUUAUCGAAGAGAAUAGUGUUAUAUCAGCGGCGGAAAAUGAAAAAAACUCGCAGUUCAAACAGUGUUUACGUUACUGGAUUGUUCCUUUGCAUUGUCGCACAAGUGAUAUGUUAUGUAGACGGCGCCCGCAGGGAUAAAAGACAAGCAGGUGUAACAACGUCCACACUGUCAUCAGUUAACACAACUGCCGCGUCAAGCAACACUACAGAUCUCACCAGUCACAACGCGACGGUCCCCGAUAAUACCUCAAUUUCUGCAGGAAAUAAUACGGCAUUAACCGGGAACUCAACUGCCGCACCUGGCAAUGCAACAAUGACACCGACAAACGCAACCUUUGUAACGGGAAACGUUACGGCUGUAUCGUCCACCAACAGCAGUCUCAUUGCUCCAAACGCGACUUCGGCAACCGGAAACGCAACGUCAUUAAACGGAAACUCGACAACACCAUUAAACACUACUGCUUCGGGAGGAAAUGCCUCUUUGAAUUCGAAUUCGCUUGCUGGAAACAGUACAGCAUCGGCAACCAACGGUAGUGAUAUCAAUAAACUACAGGGACUGCCGGGUAACGCCAUCGCAACCGAAAAUGGUACAGCACCAAAUAACUCGUCGGUACUGGAAUACACAACAAUGCCACCGGAAAUUACCAAUGGUUCGACCACUCCACUCAGUAAAACAACUGGAAACGUUACAAUACACGCGGGUAAUAGCAGUGAACUCGGCGUCACUCAGUCACCUUUAUCGAACGCUACCGUGGCAGGAAACAGUACCGAUCUUAGUGGGACAACCACAGUAUCUUCGUUAGAUAAUUCCACCAGUACCGGUGCUACUGCCCUAAAUACAACAUAUAAUAUUACGGGAACAACUCCCGUUCCGCUCAAAGCUACUAGCCUUGCAAAUAUAACAGCGGUCACGCCAAGUAACGCCAGUGUUACCGGCGGCAUCACUUCCGCCGGAUCCGCCACCACCCAACCUAGCUCAACGACGGCUACGACGCAAGCUGCACCUACUCUUACCACAUCGUCAGCUUCAGUUAGAGAAGCGAAAAAAGCUGAUUUAGCCGCACAAGCCAGCAACAUCCUCCCGAGUAUUUUAUCUCCAGCGCAGUAUGCGAAUUCCGAUUACGAUACUAAAGCGGCCCCGCCUCCGCAGAAUCCCAGUCUGUUAAUGGCGCUAAAAGCCUUGCGAGGCUCGGCUGCCGGUGCGGCAAAGUCUAUCGAUAUGGCAGAAAUGAUGGCCAAUGCCGUUGCCGGUAAAGACUAUCCCAACUUAUCGCAAAUUCCGGAUACGAAGAACUUUGCCUGUAAAGAUGUCCAACAAGCGGGGUUUUAUGCGGACACUGAUACCGACUGUCAGGUUAUUCGGCGCUGUGAUAUUAAUGGAAAUUUAUGGAGUUACCUGUGUCCAAAUAUGACACGAUUUAACCAGAUCGAGCUGGUCUGCGAUUGGUUCUGGAACGUUGACUGCAGCCAGUCUAAACAAUUUUAUGAUUAUUCAAAUUCCCGGCUCUACCAUGCAUCGUGGGUAUUCUUGGACACACCACCGAACCCUGAUACUGAUGACGCUCGAAAGUCCACCGCGACCGGCUCGAAGAAGCCAUCGGACACUAAGAGUUCUGCGUAAAUGAAGAAAAAAUCUCUUCGAACGAUCUCUAAACACACAAACGCCGGCACGCUGUGUGAAAGAUUGUUUGCAGAUGAAUACAAAGCACAACUUUGCCAGCGGCAUACAUUAUCGUUUUGACGACAGUAGCAGCCCGUGCUGACACUCCAAGGCUGUCAUUAUCUAAACAAAAACCGCAGUGUUGGAUAAGCAAUUAUCGGAACAAUUGGUCAAUUGAGUCAUAAUACCAAAGUGAAAAUUAACUGCUAAAGUGUAUUUACACGUCUGUGCAAGGUGUGCGGUUUUGUGUGUUAGGUCAGUCUUCGCAUAAAGGGGCAUAUGGUAAUAUGGCACUUGCUUGUAUCUGUAUUAGUUAUAAAAUAUAAAAAUUCGUAGAUCUACAGAUACUUCUUGAGUAUGACUGUAACCGUGGGCAUUGGAUGAUAUUAUUAAAUUUUGCACUUCUG